AAGAAGAGCACGAAAGUUAGAUUCUCUUCGUAACGUGUGAUAAGGUAUUAGACUUUAUAGUCAUUGCUUCAUUUUCUCUAAUUCCACUGCAAAUCUACUUGUUUUUGUUGUUAAAACAGUAUAUUCGCAUAAAGUAAAUAUCUGCAAUCUCAUAUGAAGAAAAAUUCAGGCAUAAAUGAAAUUAUUCAACGACAAGAGACAAUACUCGAAAUGAGAUUGAAGGAGACGUCAGGAGUUUUACAGACACGGGUCUUGGAAGAUUCGGUUUCACGUAGAACGCCGAUUGCAUCGGAUUCGCGAUGAUUACAUAUUUAGACACUGCCAUCGCGUGAUUUAGAGCUAAACGCGGCGUCUGAUUCUACGUCUUAUUUAUUUAAUGCUCGCUCGAUAUAGGUAUAAAAUCGCGAUCAAAUCUCUCGACACUCUUGGCGCUAGAUAUGAGGAAACGAGAUCUGCGUGUUUUAUUAUUUCUGAUUUGUAGCGCACAUUCCACAACACACAUAAAUGUGAGUUGGGCAUUUCUACAUGGAGAGGAAGAUCUCAUUUUGCGACAGCCAGAAUGGGCAUGAUAGCGCGGGUGAGACGCCGCGUCCGCGCAAACUCAUUGACGGUCGAUAAGGAGAAGACAGCGCAAAGUGUUUGCCUUUUGAGUGCGGUCCUUCUCCUGCCCUACUGCCCGCGUGGUCCUUUGCCACUUUUGCCGUCACCCGCGCCGGUUCUAUACUCGGCCCUCGUCCUGCCGGUCGUGCUAAGCGCGAAUUACAGGUAUCCGGUACCGACGUUGAAAACACUCGCCGAGGCGGCUAAAGGUGGAGCCAAGAGAGCCUGGCAUCCUCUGAACCGUUUCCUGAAACGGCUAUACGCGCCCGUGGAUCGUGCGGAGAAUCUCUUCUUGAAGAUGCGCAAUCUCUCCAUCAUGGCGAAUCAGAUAGUGUUCCUGCUGCUGGCGGACAAGGUAUUACUGCCGCAGCAGAGGAUGACCUGUCUUUACACGCUCAUGUUCUACAAUGUGAUAGCUUACUGUGUGAGCUACAUCAAGGAACUGAUUCAGAAAGAGGACUGGUCGCCGUACGUCACCUUGACCGAGAGAUCCAAGAUCAAGCAUCUCGCCAUGUCGGCAACCAAGAUCGUGCUUGAGUGGACUAAAGCGGUGACGUUUGUCGUCACCUUGACUUUCAUGCUUCUCGUGUUUGGACUGGAGCAAGGCCUCGACCAUUACAAGCCCUCGUUGAUCUACACGCUGGUCACGUGGACGUAUUACUCAGCAACGGAGAAGGUCUUCGUAGAGAUGUUCCCCACUAUCCUGAAUUUUCUACAGCUAGAGGCGUUGGAGAACAUCGAGAACCUGUACGCGCCGGUGAUACUUCAUUGCCUCACGAUCAUCGCCUCGGCGAUCUUCAGCGUUCUGCUGUUGGCCUCGGCUUCUUGGAGGUUCCUCUUAGCCGCUACAUAUCUGAACGUGUACCUGCGAUGGAAAGAGUUGAUGCAGAACUCGGGCGCGAUACUGCGGCGGGAGCGUGAGGUACUGAAUCGGUACCGGAAGGCGACCCUCGAGGAAAUCGAGAGGUUCGAUGACGUUUGCGCGGUGUGUCUGUGCGGCAUGACCAAGGCCAGGGUCACGCCCUGCCAUCAUCUCUUCCACGCGGACUGCCUGCGACAGUGCCUGAAGACCAGCGACAAUUGUCCCAUGUGCAAGCGCGAGCUGAAGUUCGACUGAGCGAACGACAAGGACUCUUCGAUCGCUUCUUAAAGAACUCGCGAGAUCUUCUUGAAACGCGCCGUCGUGAAUGAAGAGAGAACGUCUCGGACAUUCUUAAGCUCUUACGUCUAAAAAUUCCGACAGAAGUUUUGCAAGAUAAAUGUCCCACAAUUAGUUAAGUCUCUAAGUAAUCUCGUGAAGAUAAAUCAAUUAAUUCACAAUACAUGUGUCAAACUAAAGACACAAAGCUGAUAUUGUUGGAAAACUUGUACAUUAGGGAUGUUUCAAUUGCAUUAUAUUGUUCUAAUUUGUGGAGAAAUUUCUAUUCACAUCUAUAAUCUUUUCUCCGUAUUAACUGAUUUAUUAAGAGCAAGCAGAAUUGUCACAUAGAUUGGGACAUGUGACACUAAUUGGGGCAUUCAUCCUAACGUUACUUAGACACGUUAUGUGAGCGAGAAAUCGGAAAGAAGGAGCAGAUAUUAUUGCGAUAUUAUGCAGCAUUAAUAAUAAUAAUCGCAAUGCUCGGGAUGCAUGUUCCUUUAGAUAUACUUUUCUGUGAUAUAGAUCAGCAACACCGUAGCUUAGUUAAACCAGAGUUACACGGAGAGAAUAAUAUGAAUAGCUUCCUUCUCCGUAUAAAUUCUUCUCAGUUUUGUCAAGUUUUCUAGUAGUGCGAGAAUAACUGUCACAAUGAAAUUUACCUUGCGGAGGAACAUAGUGAGUCUUCUUAAAUAGCAUCAAUUUCAGUCUCUCUAAAAUAUGAAUAACAUACAUACUCGUAUGUAUAAGACAUAAUUCUAUGUAGCAAUUUCUUUACUGUUCUAAUUCUCUCCAUGUACACUCUUCAUCAUUACAUCAGCCACACCUCGUGGCCGAGUUGACAGGUGAUUCAUAACUUUAACGUAACUGGCAAAUGGAAAUACGCUUACUUUGUAUUACUAUAUUUCGUUAGCAUAGUGUUAGCGUAG